AUGAAUUAAAAUAAUAAUUCAUUAAAGUACCAAGAUAAUGUUAAAUCUCUGGAUGAAGAUAAAGAAUCAUACUUUUGUAACAGUAACUUGUUGAAUUUUUAAAAUAUUGAUCCAUGUAAUGAUUCAAAUAAUUUUGCUUCAUUCUAUGCAUUAAAUAGACUUAGUAAUCGUUUAGAAAGUACUUCUAAAAAAUAUUAGAAGACCAAACUUCCUAUACUUAAAACUAUUAAUCAGUGAGACUAAUGUAAAAGUAUAAAAAAUAAAAAAUUGUAAGAACUAUUUUUUUUUACACAUACUUAAUAAUUACAAUCUUUUAGCGGCCUUCAUGGUGUAAUUUUGUGGAUUAUUAAGUAUAAAAUAUACUAUUUUAGGAAUAUUGUAGUGUUUAUGAUGGUUAAAAGAUACCUAUUAUGGUUGAUUUUUAUCUUCCUAUAAAUUUAUAUUAUUGUGUUGAAAUACUGAUCGUUUUAUAUCUUUGCUUGAGUAAGGUAAUUAAAUGAUUAAUUCUAAGAUUUUUAAAGCAAUAAUCAUUGGAUAAUUAAAUAAUAAGAGAAUAGCUAUAGUUUUAUUUAUUAUAAUGUUUUUAAUCAUAAUCAAUGAUAUUACAGUGAUGAUACUAGAAAAUAACAUUUCAAUUAAUAUAAGUUUAUUAAUGAAACCGAUAUUAAUAGUUCUUUGGAAGUAUCUAAAAAUCAUUAUAGAAAUAGACAAACUUUACGCUCUACAAUAUUUCAUUAUUGCUCAAUAAUUAAUAAAGGAAAAGAAAUUUAUUAUUUGAUGAUUUUUUCUUUAAUUUUUUUUGCUGGAUUAGGAUCUGCAAUAUUUUAAGAGAAUGAUUAAAAUAAUUCCAGUACAAUAUGUUAAAUAGAUUAACCUCCCUUUUCAUAACCAGAACAAUGUAUAAUAAUCAUUCUUUUUGUACUUUAAACUACAGUAAAUUCUCCUGAUAUUUAUUUACCAUAUUAUGGAGAAUCAAGGAUUUAUGUAGUAUAUUUUAUUUUAUUUUAAUUCAUAAAUACCACAUUAAUCAUAAACUUAAUUUUAGCUUUCUUUUAUUCCUCCUAUAAAGAUCUUAUGGAAAAAGAAACUAAAUAAAUUUUAUCCAAGUACAAUCAUAGAUUUAGCCUUUAAACAUAAAAAUUUUUUCGUAAAAGAACUGAAUCUGAUAUUACAAGAUUAGCAAACAUGCUUUCACUUGACAAUGUAAUAUCAAGAUAAAUUUACUAAAUUUUAGAUCAUAAGUUAUAUGAAAUUUUUAUUGAAAUAUUAUCUUUAGUAUCAUUUAUAAUGAUAUUUCUCAAAUUCUCAAAAUAGAAAUUAUAUAUUUUGCUAGUUUGCAAUUCUAUAAUGUUUACAGAAUGUCUUUUACUUUUAUAUUUUACUGGUAGAAGAAGAUUUUGGAAAAAAAAAUCAUUAAUAAUUGAAUUUUUAUUCUCUAGUUCAAUACUUUUCUUAGUCAUCUUAAAUUUGUUUGGAUAUAAAGAAGAAAAAUAUUUACUUAUUUUAUUGUGUUAUAGAUUAUUGAGAGGAUGUAAAUGGAUGUUAAAAAAUAAAAGCUUUAUUAUUUUAAUAAUUUCAAUUACAUCUAUCUUUUAAUAUAUAGUGUAAUUAUUUGGUGCAUUAUUUAUUUUAUUUAUGCUAUUUACAGCUCUUGGACAAUUACUUUUUGGAGGGAAAAUCUUUUAUUCUGAUUAAAAUGAAGUUCAUUAUGAAUUAGCAAAUUUUAAUGACUUUUUAUCAGGAAUGUGUACAUGUUGGUUUUUGCUUAUAAUUAAUAAUUGGAAUGUAAUUUCUUUUAAUUAUGCAAAAAUCUUUAAUACUGAUUUUGUCUACUUAUUUUUUAUAAGUUUUUAUAUAAUUGUAGUAUUAUUUACUCUUAAUGUAACUAUUGCAUUAUUGAUUGAAUACAUAGUUUAAAAGAUAAAUGUAACAAAUUAGACAGAUUCAUAAAUACUUUAUGAUUAUUAAACAUUAAAAUGA